UUUGCCGAAGAUCGGAGUCCGCAUGAGCCAUGUCCUCGGAUGAAGCUAGCGACAAGCCCUUCCUGAUAAGGCCAGCUGCAAGAGAUGCCGUGCCAAUACGGUUUUGAGAACAUUCCGAAUGCGAUCACCUUCGGAGCUGGAUGACAAGCAGCCAGUUGGGGUCACUGUGGCAUGUGGCUUCAUCCUGAUGGUAUCCACCUCCAUUCCAGGUAUCUCACCGAAUGUAUGUGUCUUUGCGACAUUCCUGGGCCUUUUGGCAGACAUUGCUGAUGGAACUGCCGCACGCAAACUGCAGGUGAAGUCCAAAUUCGGUGCGUCCUUUGAUCAGCUGGCCGACCUGACCUGCUUCGGCAUUGGUCCUGGCAUCUUCUUCACGCGGCAAGCACUCAGCCAGCAGGACAGUCAUGGCGUCUCCUUCUACACCGUGAUGCCACUCCUGGCUGGUUAUGGCUAUGUGGCCUGCAGCACAUUUCGAAUUGCUCGAGAGCUUAUUGUGCAUGAUGGCAAUCGGCCUUUAUACUUUGUAGGCAUACCUACCAACUUGGCCUGCGUUGUCGUGGUACCCUGCGCCACGGCCAUACCGGGACACCCUCUGCUCCCGUUCUUGGUGAUUGCCGUCAGCGCGAUGAUGGUAAUGCCGGUGAAUAUUCCAAAAGGAUUGGGCAUUUUCAAGGUGACUGACAGAGAAGUGACGGCCACAUGUGGAAAGCGUCACGAGGACAAGACCUCUUGAUGCUAGACCGAUAGUGGCACAACUGAUAGAGCAACGGUCAAUAUUUACUGAUACUGUAAUCUACGAUGAUUGCCAUGAUAUCAGCAAAGCCUGCAUUGCGUGCC